CAAUGUCCCCUAUAAAUACUCACCUCGGCCGCCGAAUCGUUUCUCCGUUUCCUAUCAUUGGGGGGUGUGGGGUCUUUCUGCUGAGAGAACUCCUUCAAGAAAGCAGAGAGAGAAAGAGAGACUCCUCUCGUCCUUAAUCAAACCCCCAAGAAUUGAAGAUCUGAAUUAACUUUGUACUCUGAUAGGAUCACACGUAUAGAAACACAGAGAAAGAAAGAGAGAGAGAGAGAGAGAGAGAGAGAGAGAGAGAUACAGACACUUCGAUUUGAUUGUAUCUCUCUUUUCCUUUAUUUUCUUUUCUUUUUCUGCUUUUUUUUCUUUCCAUCUGUGGGAAUAAGAUAUUCUCCUCAUUCUCCUUGUGCAAUGUCUGCAUCCUGCCCACCACUGUCAUAAAAGAAACCCUCAGAUUUCCUUUCUUGUUUCUCUCAUUUUUUUCUCGGGAGUUUUUCUUCUUCUCCAACAUUAAAAGCACUUAAUUUUAAUUCUAGAACGCUUGGUUUUAAAUGAUUGGUAUUUCUUUUUUGCAUUUGGGAUAUUGAAGUUAGGGUUUUCUUUUUCUUUUUUGUUUUUUUCCUCUUCUUCUUGUAAGUGGGUAUUGUGCUUGACAUUUUUGGUGGUUGGACUUUCUAGGGUUUGGUUACGUCUUCAGUGGGAGAAAACCUAAUUCUGUUCAUUUUAAUAAAAUAUUAUUAGGCCUACCGAUGGAGGAUUAGAGAUUGUAUAUACAAGGACAGGACUUAUAUUGUACAGCUUGGUUUCAAUUGUUGCUGGAAGCGGGAAGUGUGGGUUUAGUGGCUUUUAUUCUGAGUUUGAACAUUGAAUCUGCAAGAUUGGAUAUUGAGGAUUGCGUCUAAACACGAACCAAUAGAUGCCUUGAGUUAUAUAUUCUUCAUGGUUUUGAGGAAUUGUGAAUUCAUCUCUAUUUCAAGGUCGUGGUGAUUGUAUUUUAUUGGCCUAGUGGGAAAGACAGGUCGACUGAUUGGGAAUUGCUAAAUUUGUCGACAAACCCGUUCGAGUGGACGGAUCUUGAUCAAAUAUAAUCUGGCUAGAGACAGUUGAGCUGAUUCAGUAUUUAUUACAGUAGAGUUUUGGGCUUUUGAGUCUAGCGAUUACUUUUGUCUUGGGGGUUUGAUUACUUCGUGGAGUCAGAGAAGUUCUAUUGUUAUAGAGGACAGAAACAUAUUUUUGGUCUGCAAUGGUGAUUUUGAAGGGUCAAGAAAGAGCUUUUUUAAGCUGGAAAUGAGUGCAGGGUCAUGUUGCAUGGACAGGAGCCUAGUUUCUGCUUCGUUCCUUUGUUUGAAAAACAGUCCUGGAAACUAGGAGAAGCAUUUUUUGCUGGCAAAAGUAUACUAUAUUUUGGUUUCAAGGAUCGCAUGCAAUGUCUCGCUGCUUUCCAUUUCCACCUCCAGGAUAUGAAAAGAGGGCUAGAAUUGAUGAUACAGACCUAUUAACGAAGGAGAAGCGCAAGGAGAAAAAGCAUAAAAAGGAUAAGAAGGGCAGCAGAAAGAGAGAAGGUAAAGAGAAGGACAAUGAGAGAAAUAAAGAAAAACAUAGUGACAAGAAAGACCGAAAGCAAAAGCACAAAGACAAGUACAGGGAUAAAGAUAAAGUGAAAAACCUGACUUCAGAUGAGAAGAGUGUUGCAGGGCAACCAGAGAGCUAUAAAGGAGAGAGGCCUGUUCACAAUCUGCCAAAUGGUGAGAUUAAACAUGUGCAGGAGUUGGCCAGGAGAAUCAAGGAUGAAGAAAGAGCAACCGAAAAUCAAAUGGUUCAGAAGAUUACUGUUACAGGCCAAAGGAAAUCUGAAUUUCCGAGCAGAGUGGUGGAGGGCAAUGUUGCCCAUUGGGACGAAGGAAAAAGGAAAACUAAGGAAGAGAAAGAAAAUGGCAAGAAGGCCAAUGGACAAAGAAACCAUGUUGAUACAAAAAGUUUGGAGAAUGGAAUUGAUGAAAACUUGUCUGUUCUGCAUCACAGGAAAGUUGAAGGGAUUGCAAAGCCAAUGGAGAAGAAUGUUGAGAAGUUAAAGGAUGGGAAAGAGAAGAACAAGCACAAGAAAAGUAAGGGUGAUAAACCUAGGGAUAAAGAUCGAGAAAAGAAAAGCAAAUUAAAGGAUAAGAACAGAACAAAAGAAAAGAAAAGGGAUGAGAAAGUGAAGGAGAUAAGUGAACAGAGUAAACAGCUGCCUAAAUUGGAAGACAACGACUCCCUCGAUUCAUGCAAUGCUAAGCCAUCAGACCUUCCAGGAAUGAUGGGGAAGAGUUCUUUUGGUGAGGCAAAUCUUGGAAAACGUAAGGAGCUUGUUAAAAAUGGGCUUACACUUGACAAUGGUAUUCGGCCUCAAAAGUUGCUGAGACCCGUCUGCUCCUCUCAUCCUAUCCUGAAAAAUGGAAGGAAGUUGGAACCAUGCCAAACUACUAGUCAGGUAACAUGUGAGAGGCAAGGGGUACCAAUAAUCUUCUGCUGGACAUCAAGGAGCACAAGAGUAAUGGUUUGGUAGAGCUGCAAAGACCUAAUGCAUGUUCAACGAGGUCUUCAUUUACCCUAAAAGUCUAUGAGAAUAGUGAAGCAUCUACAAAACCACCUUUGGUUGGGACACAAAGUCCAGAUGCAGGGUCAAUAAGCCCAUCUCCUCCUGUACAAGUUCAUAAUAAUGGUGGAGCACCUACAAAAUCACCACAUUCGGACUCCAAGUACCUGAUUCAGAUACUUUCUAUACCGAAAAUGGAAGAGUGGUCUGAUAUUGGUGACCAGGAAUGGCUGUUUGGCGGCAAUUGGCUACAAUCAGAGAAACCAAGGGCAGGCUCUCCUCGAGGCUCUCUUCAGGUUGAAGAGGCACAACAUGUGUGGGCAGAAUCUUUGCAGAUAAGGUCUGCUGAUGUUUAUGCUCUGCCAUAUGUCAUUCCAUAUUAAUCGAUGUUGGUUGAAUAUGACUUGGACUUUGAUCGCCCCUUAGUGAGGUUCCUACUCCAAAGGGCUCUUUGCGGAUGUGUUAUAGCAUAUGGGUUCUGGUGUUCAUUGCUUGUGCUUGCUUAUGAGAACUGCCUUCAGAUUUCUUUUGGAAGAGACGUCACCCAAGUGUGCUGGGGAGAGGAAUAUGUCAAUAUGAAAUGCUUCUAUGAAAGUUUUGUUACCUUAGAGCUUGGAAAUUUAAUACAAGUGCGAAUUGCAAGGUUUCCAUGGCUCUCUAUCUAUCUAUAUCGGGAUUUCUUUGUAAUUGUAGCACUUCUAUUUAAGAUAUAGGUUGAAGAAAAUAGGCAAUUUUGGUCA